AAUUACGUCCGUGGUCACAGUAGAUAAUGUGGCUCAUAUUUAGUUUAUCUCAGUUGUUUUCUAGUGAUCUGGACUGAAUUGUUUCAUCUUAUAAUAAUGUGUCUUUACUUUAACAGGACUUACAUGUUGAAUGUUGAACACACAGAUAAGGGCGUGUGCUGCCUGCUUUCCUCAUUCCUCAGGUGUUGACAUCAAAUGACGUGAGUCAUGUGACAUUUCUGCACUUUGUUCCUGCCCAGAGUUCAAUAUUCACCACCGGAUCAGACUCAAGGAUUCUGCAUUAAAAGACCACUGAAAGGAGGACAUACUGGGAGCACUGGAAUUACUGGACACCACUUCAACUGCUGCUGUUUUCACAUUAUUAACAGGAAAGUUAGAGGAGCUACGACUCAAAGUAAAGUAAAUCUUUCUACUUCCUUGACAGACCAACUCCCUUGUUUGUGUGCUGUGUUUUCAGCUUCACUCAGAGAGAAAAUGGCUUCCAGAUCAGAGGAGGAUCUCACUUGUCCUAUUUGUCAGGAGAUCUUUAAGAACCCUGUUGUUCUGUCGUGUAGCCACAGCUUCUGUAAAGACUGUUUGCAGGAAUGGUGGACAGAGAAACGGAUACAUGAGUGUCCAGUUUGUAAGAGAAAAUCGUCAAAGGAUCAACCACCUAUUAGUUUGGUGAUAAAGAACCUUUGUGAGGCGUUCUUACUGGAGAGAGAUCAGAGAGCUUCAGAGCCUCUCUGCAGUCUGCACUCUGAGAAACUUAAACUCUUCUGUCUGGACCAUCAGCAGCCAGUUUGUGUCAUCUGCAGAGACUCAAAGGUACACAAGAAUCACAGAUUCAGUCCCAUCGAUGAAGCUGCACAGGAUCACAAAGAGGAGCUCCAGAAAUCCCUGAAGCCCUUACAGGAGAAACUGGAGCUCUUUGGACAAGUUAAAGGAACUUGUGAUCAAACAGCAGAACACAUUAAGGUCCAGGCCCGACACACAGAGAGGCAGAUUAAGGAGCAGUUUAAGAAGCUUCACCAGUUUCUACAAGAGGAAGAGGAGGCCAGGAUCUCUGCUCUGAGGGAGGAAGAGGAGCAGAAGAGUCAGAUGAUGAAGGAGAAGAUUGAUGCUCUGAGCAGAGAGAUAGCAGCUCUUUCAGACACAAUCAGAGCCACAGAGGAGGAGCUGAGAGCUGAACACGUCUCAUUCCUGCAGAACUACAAGGCUGCAGUGGAAAGAGUCCAGCAGCGCCCCCUGCUGGAGGAUCCACAGCUGCUCUCAGGAGCUCUGAUAGAUGUGGCCAAACACCUGGGCAACCUGGCCUUCAACAUCUGGAACAAGAUGAAGGAGAUGGUCUCCUACACUCCUCUGAUUCUGGAUCCAAACACUGCUGGUCCAGGACUCAUCCUGUCUGAAGAUCUGACCAGUGUGAGAUGUGGAGAGAAACAGAAACUUCCUGACAAUCCAGAGAGGUUUAAUCACUACGCCGUUGUCCUGAGCUCUGAGGGCUUUAACUCUGGGACUCACAGCUGGGACGUUGAGGUUACAUAUGAUGAACCCUGGGGCAUAGGUGUGAUGGAGGAGUCUGGCUUGAGAAAGGGUGAAAUACCAACUGGAUGCUGGGUGAUUGGUUUCUGUGAUGGAGAACACACAGCAGUCUCCCCACCACUCUUUCAUAAACUCCUCUCAGUGAAGAAGAGGCCACAGAGGAUCAGAGUUCAUCUGGACUUUGACAAAGGAAAACUGUCAUUCUUUGAUUCUGAUACAAACACACACAUACACACCUUCACACACACUUUCACUGAGAGACUGUUUCCAUUUAUUGAGACAUUGAAUCAAACAUCCAUGAAGAUAUUAGCAGAGACGGUCUCUGUCACAACAAAGGUGGAAGUUUUAUUAUGUAUGUUCUGUUUUAACUGAGUUACUCUGAGAAAAAGUAAAAUGUGAAAUGUGUCAAUCAGGAACUGAUGGGAAGAAAAUAAGGAAGAAGACGAUGAUGAUGAUUCUGAUAAUAGGGAUACCAUUAUUAGCAUGAAUAUUAUUUUCUUCCUUACAUUAAAUAUUAGCUAAUGUUACAUGUAUAUUUAGCCGUUUGAUUUAAGGGAAUAUAAUUCAUUUUAGAAAAUUAUAUAUUUUUAAUCUUGUUUUUGGGCAAUUGCUACUUUUAUUGUUCAGAGUUUUGAUUUUAUUCUGCACUGUUAGUCAAUUUGUAACAGAACUUCAUUUUAAACAGUGAAGACUUCAGGUUUAUUUUUUAAUUCACUGUAAGUUACUCUGUCAGGGAAAAGCAGAUGUGUAAACUGUAUAUAACUGAUUACAUGUUAUCUUCUCUUUGUAUUCUGAAACCUACUGGAGAUGAUUCUUAAUUGUUGUUUGGAAAUAUAAAAACUAAUAAAGGUUUGAUGAUUAGAAAUAAAA